GUGAGUGGAAAGUGCCAGACGCCGGAACAUUCCUGAGGAACGUUAAAGAGCAGAAUACUCUCACUCCGACACCCUAGCACAGAAGACCUGUAAAUUUUUCUCAUGCUCACUUACGACCCCCGUCUGUCUCAAAGGAAUGCAUUGGAGGACAUGCAUUCUUUAAUGUGGAAGUAGUAGGCAAAACAAGAAGGAUCUUAUGUUUUAUGAGAAUCCAGACUUUAUUAUGUAUUUCUGAUCUGUGCUUGGUGCCUCUGAUGGAGCUGAAAGUUUGGGUGGAUGGAGUUGUCAGAGUGGUUUGCGGCCUGUCAGAAGAUACAUCAUGCCAGGAUGUUGUCAUUGCACUUGCCCAAGCCAUUGGUCAGACUGGUCGUUAUGUUCUCAUUCAGAAACUAAGAGACACUGAGCGCCAACUACUAGCCAAUGAGUGCCCGCUGGAGUCCCUGGCCAAACUGGGCCAACAUGGCAGUGAGGUGCAGUUCUUCUUGCGGCGAACUGGUCCAAGCAGCAGUGAAGACCAAAGUCUGCACAGCCAAACCCUCCCUCACUCCAAGCCUUCAAUAUCAGAGUCCAAGCAGGGUUUACCUAGGAAAUCUUUCACUUUUAACUUGGGUCCUUCCAGUUCUCCUCGUUCAAAACCUAAGGAUUCAAAUAAAACACCCUCUUUUGAACAGAGGGCUUCACCUGUUCCACAUGUAGCAUAUCUUCCAGGGCCAUCUAAAGAGGAGGUGUACAGUCAUGUUCUUCUGCAGCAGGAGCAGCUUCAUUCCCUUGAGACCCAGCUGGUGGCUGUAGACAAGGAAUGUGAAACUUGGGAAAAGUCAUCAGCUAAGGAGACAUCGGUGCAGGCAGAGAUGGAAGCUUUGGAAAAGAUGAUGUGGAAGAAUCAGCAAGAGUUGGUGGAUGAGGAGUUUUGGCAGGAGGAACUAAGGUUAGAGACAGAGAGGGAACGUGGGAUGAAGCGGCGGGUGGGAGAGCUGCAUGCUAAACUGGAUGACUGUGGGCAAAAGUUGCAUGAAUUCAACAAUCGUGCCAUACAACUGGAGAAGGACAUUCAGAUAGAAAUGCUACGAGUUGACAUUUUACCUGUUCAGUCCGAUUCAAAAGACUCUUUAGAGGUAGUCAAGGCAGAUCUUCAAAGUCGACAAAAGCAGGGGGAGGAGAUGGAGGCAGAACUUAAAGAGCUUGAGAAGACUUUGGGGAGGGCUGAGACUUUGUUAAAGGCUAAGCAGGAGGAAAUUGAAGAGCUGAAUAAGGAACUGAGACAGUGUAAUUUACAACAAUUUAUCAAGCAGGCCGGAGCCCCGCCUACCCAAACUCAGCCUCGCACAGACCUCUGUGAACAUCCAGAAGAACUGAACCAAACUCAACAGCAAGACAAGCACAAAGACAAUGAUUUGACCCUGCGUCCCACUGCCAAACAAUUCCUUGGUCACCCACGCAACCUGCAGCACCCCCUGGUAUCUAGCCUGAAUCCUGAGGUCUUGACAUCCAGGGAAACGUCUUGGCGGUAAUGAAUCUGAAGCUCAGGGCAAAGGAUUUAUAAUGACUUUCUGGGUAUAUUCAACCUUGCUGUCUUAACUAUUAUCAGUAUAACAAUUUAUGUGUUAUAUGUUUUAGCACAACCUAUAUAUAUAUAUAUAUAUAUAUA